AUGGCUCCAAGGUCUAGCAGAGGAAAACCCAACAAAGCAAAAUCUGAGAAGAAGAAGAAGGAGGAGAAAGUGAUUCCUAGUGUUGUUGAUGUUGCUGUUCUUACUCCUUAUGAAUCCCAAGUUAUCCUCAAGGGUAUCAGUACCGAUAAGAUUCUGGAUGUGAGAAGAUUGUUGGCUCAGAAUGUAGAGACAUGUCACCUAACAAAUUAUUCUUUAUCCCAUGAGAUAAAGGGGCAGAGGUUGAGUGACAAAGUGGAGAUUGCUAAUCUUAAACCCUGUUUGUUAAAACUUGUUGAAGAGGACUACACCGAUGAAGCUCAAGCUGUGGUGCAUGUUCGGAGGCUGCUGGACAUUGUGGCCUGCACCACCAGGUUCUGCAAACCGAGGCGUGCCUCGACGCCAGAGUCUCGGGCCAAAAAGAAUAGCAGAGUCCAUAAUCAUGGCAAUGUGAAUUCUUCUUCUUCUUCUUCUCCAGUAGAUGGGGCAUUGGAACUUCGAUGUGGGUCGCCGUCUUCUCAGCUGGAACCAUCUGUCUCGGUUGUUUCCGACAACCUCGGAAUGGCUGCCAUUCAUCCGACGCCGAAGCUCUCUGACUUCUUCGAGUUCUUUUCCCUGGCUCACAUCUCCCCUCCUAUUCUACAAAUCAGGAGAUGCAACCCGAAAGGCGCAGCAGAUGACGAGCGCAACGGCGAUUACUUCGGAAUGCAGAUUAAAAUAUGCAAUGGGAAACUAAUACAAGUGACUGCCUCAGCAAAGGGAUUUUAUACUGCAGGAAAGCAGUUUGUACAAAGCCAUUCUCUUGUGGACCUUCUGCAGCAACUCAGCAGAGCUUUUGCCAAUGCGUAUGAAUCUUUGAUGAAGGCGUUUCUUGAACAUAACAAGUUUGGUAAUCUUCCAUAUGGGUUUCGGAUGAAUACCUGGCUUGUUCCUCCAUCUAUCAUUGAGACUCCAUCAAACUUGCUGCAAUUACCAGUAGAAGAUGAGAAUUGGGGUGGCAACGGCGGUGGCCAAGGACGAAACAAUGAACAUAAUCAACGGUCGUGGGCGACCGACUUUGCGGUUCUGGCUAAGCUUCCUUGCAAAACUGAGGAGGAGAGGAUCGUUCGAGAUCGGAAAGCGUUUCUACUUCACAGCCAAUUUGUUGACAUUGCAAUACAAAGAGCUGUUUCAGCGAUUUCUAGUCUUAUAGAUUCGAACUCAAAAGGACAGGUUACAGUAAACUCACGUGACAUUGUCUAUGAGGAUCGAAUCGGAGACUUGUCUACUGUGAUAAGACGUGAUUCGAUCGAUGCAACUGCGACGAAACUCAACGGACAUGGAUUAGAUGGUGUGUCUGAUGAAGAAGUUGCACAAAGAAACUUACUAAAGGGGUUGACUGCUGAUGAAAAUGUAGUUGUUCAGGAUACUGCCUCCUUGAGCCGUGUCAUCGUUAGACAUUGCGGGUACACCGCAACAGUAAAGGUCGUCGGUAAAGUAAAGACGGGACGCGACGAGAAUCAAGAUAUUGUGAUCGAUGACCAACGAGAUGGAGGAGCCAAUGCACUUAACAUAAACAGUCUAAGGAUUCAGCUUCCCAAGAUCAUGGCUGCCAAUGCAACGGAAGAAAGCUCAGACGAUCUCGAACCGUCUCGAGUUUUGGUUCGGAAAGUGAUCAAAGAGAGCUUGUCAAAGCUAAAGGAGGAGCCAAUAGGUUCAGAGAAGCCAAUUAGAUGGGAGCUGGGUUCAUGUUGGCUGCAGCAUCUACAAAAGCAGGACAAUGAACCAGAUUCCAAAUCCAAAGCCCCUGAAAAUGAACCAGCAGUCAAAGGCCUAGGAAAGCAGUUCAAGCUUUUGAAGAAGAGGGAAAAGAAGCCGAGCGCGGUCGAUACCGAGAAAGAGAACCGUUGUAUGCUCGAUGACCCGAACACGAAAACCGAAACCAACGGCGAGGAAAAACUCAAGAAACUGAUCUCCAAACAAGCUUUAUCACGCCUUAAAGAAAGUGGAACUGGUCUUCAUCUAAAGACGGCUGAGGAGCUCAUGGCGAUGGCUCACAAGUACUAUGAUGAAACAGCAUUGCCAAAGCUGGUGACGGAUUUCGGGUCGCUUGAACUUUCACCGGUCGAUGGCCGUACGUUAACCGAUUUCAUGCAUUUGAGAGGCCUUCGAAUGUGCUCCUUGGGUCGAGUGGUGGAGUUAGCAGAGAAGCUUCCACACAUACAAGCGCUAUGCAUCCACGAGAUGGUAAUUCGAGCCUUCAAGCAUGUAAUCAACGCCGUCAUUGCCGCCGUGGAGAGCACCGCAGAUCUAUCCGCGGCCGUGGCCUCCUCUCUGAACUUCCUUCUCGGAAGCUACGGAUCAGAAGACGAGGAGAACAACCUCCACGAAGACGGAUCUCUGAGACUGCAAUGGCUACGCACAUUCUUAGGCAAGAGAUUCAAGUGGAGGUUGAGCAACGAGUUCCAGCACUUGAGAAAGCUGUCGAUUCUUCGAGGCAUCUGCCAUAAGGUAGGGCUGGAAUUGGCGCCGAGAGAUUUCGAUUUGGAGUGCCCUAAUCCGUUCAAGAGAAGUGACGUGAUUAGCUUGGUUCCUGUUUGUAAGCAUGUGGGAUGCGCUUCGGCGGAUGGGCGGAAUCUGUUGGAAUCGUCGAAAGUUGCUCUUGAUAAAGGCAAACUCGAUGACGCUGUCAAUUAUGGAACCAAGGCAUUGACUAAAAUGAUAGCCGUAUGCGGUCCGUACCAUCGAAGCACUGCAAGUGCUUAUAGUCUUCUAGCCGUAGUCCUCUACCACACAGGCGACUUUAAUCAGGCAACAAUAUAUCAACAAAAGGCUUUGGAUAUCAAUGAAAGAGAGCUCGGGCUCGAUCAUCCCGACACGAUGAAGAGCUAUGGAGACCUUUCCGUUUUCUACUAUCGCCUUCAACACAUCGAAUUAGCUCUUAAGUAUGUAAACCGGGCGUUGUUCCUUCUCCAUUUCACGUGUGGAUUGUCUCACCCCAACACUGCUGCAACAUACAUUAAUGUUGCAAUGAUGGAAGAAGGUGUGGGAAAUGUUCAUGUUGCUCUUAGAUAUUUGCAUGAAGCUCUUAAGUGCAACCAGAGGCUACUUGGAGCUGAUCACAUACAGACUGCUGCAAGCUACCAUGCCAUUGCCAUUGCUCUUUCCUUAAUGGAAGCGUAUUCGCUGAGCGUGCAACAUGAACAAACCACACUCAAUAUACUCAAAGUCAAACUUGGAGAAGAAGAUAUUCGCACUCAGGAUGCGGCUGCGUGGCUGGAAUACUUUGAGUCGAAAGCUCUGGAGCAGCAAGAAGUAGCACGUAAUGGAACUCCGAAACCCGAUGCACUAAUUUCGAGCAAAGGCCACCUUAGUGUAUCAGAUCUCCUGGAUUACAUAAGUCCCGAUCAAGAUCCGAAAGGAAAUGAUACACAGAGGAAACAUCGACGUGCUAAGGUAGUGAAUACAAGUGAUAAAACUCAUCAGGGGCAUCAAAAUGAAAUGGCUGAGGAUGAGUCGAACAUUGAAAGCCCAAAACCAGUGACUGAGUCAUCAGAUGAUAGUGUAAAGGAAGUUAAAAUCAGCAAACUUUUACGUGUAGAACAAAAGGAAGUAGUUGAAAACAUCACUGAGAAUAAGACAGUGGUUAAAAGUGAAACCGUGGAAGAAACUUAUUCAGAUGAUGGGUGGCAAGAGGCUCAUUCAAAAGGGCGGUCAGGGCAUGUCGUCGGCCGGAAGGUUGGCCGGAGACGACCGGUUCUUCCAAAGCUAAAUGUGCACCAGUCUGAAUAUUCUAAGAGUACUUACAAGCAGGAAACUCUCUCUCCAGUGCAGAGACCAGCAGCUGCUAAGACCAUUCAAAGUGGAUUUUCACAGUUAAAGCAAUCAAUCCCUCAAAGAUUAAGUGCAGGCGAUGAUUCGAUCAAGCUGCAGUCGAAGACAACAGCUUCCAAGGUCAUCUCACCGUCUCCUGCUUCGGUUUCUCAAAUGGCUUCAAGAUCCAUAUCUUACAAAGAAGUAGCUUUGGCCCCUCCUGGUACUGUUCUAAGGCAAUUGGUUGAUACAGAAAAUGUUAAUGAAUCAGAGGAGAAAGUAGCUGAACCCCAGAACCUUGAUCAUUCAGAAAUGUCAAAAAAUGAUGGAACCAACAAUGUUUCUGAUGAAGUGAUUCAAAAGGAAGUAGCAGAACCGAUUCAUAAUCCUGCCCCGGAGUCCGAAAAUCAAAGCGAAGAUAGCGAAGAGAUGAUAUCCUGUUCAUCUCCUUUGGAAAAGCCUGCAGAAACAAAUGCUAGCAAGCUUUCCGCUGCAGCAGAACCGUUCAAUCCUGGUACGUCUAUGACUACUGGUUUAAACUCGGCUGCAGCCACUAGCAUAUAUGAUGUAAGAGCAAGCCAAGGUGCUCUAGAGCCUAUGCUUCCUCCAGCAACUACUAGAGUCCCUUGUGGACCUCGAUCGCCUCUAUAUUAUCGGACCAACAGCUCUUUUCGGAUGAAACGUGGUUUUAUGAAAUACCAAGCUCCUGUCAUGGGAAGAAGUGGAUUUGGAGCUGCAACAAUGAUGAAUCCACACGCCCCUGAAUUCGUCCCUCAAAGAGCAUGGCAAACAAACCAUGGAGAUUCAAGUAGAAAUGUCCAUACCGAAUUGAAUUCUUCGCCGAAAACAAGUAUGGAUGAAGACGAGAAACCGGCCGAAAGAUCGUCCUCUACAAUCAAAAGUAACACAAAGAAAAGCAUCUCGGAGUGCGAGAAGUCUGAACUUGCAAGGCAGAUAUUGUUGAGCUUCAUUGUGAAGUCAGUUCAGAACACCAUGGAUACAAGUGUUGAUGAGCCAGCAGCUAAUGAAAAGCUCAAAGCUUCAGAAAACUCAACGGAUGCAAUAGCUAAUGACAGUGCCAUAAUAAAAAUUCUAUAUGGGAAUGAAGGAGAGUUGCAGCAGGGGGGUGAUAACCGAAACGAAAAGGGCAGCGAUGUAAAUAACGGUAAAGCCGGGGAUGGGGAAGGAUUUAUAGUGGUGAAGAGCAGGAGAAACAGACAGCAGUUCUCAAAUGGGGUGGCUGGUCUGUACAACCAGCAUUCAAUCUGUGCUUCAGUUCGUUGA